CAAACAUGACCGGAACACACCAGUGUAAACGCAAAUAUAGUCCUUUCAGUGUUGGAUAAAGAAGAAAAGUGAUCCACAGAGACAGAGAGAAGAGAAAGUGAGAGAGAGAGAGAGAGGAAGAAGGAUGAAGCCUCUCCGGACUCCUCCCAGGGUCGAGCCCCGGAGGCCAGGCAAUGCGCUCAUCGUCGCCGCCAUGCUUCUUUCCCUGUGCAUCCUCUCUCUCAUCAAGGCUCGCUAUUGCCCCUCUCCAUAUGCCAAGGCUCAGUCACCGACAGAAGUAGAUCACGUUGAGGUCUCAGAGAUCGUCACUGAGAAGAGUGGGAAAGCUGCUGCUCUACCAGGGGUUGAAGAUGAUGAGGGAAAUGCUGUAGCUCCAAAAAUUGUCGCAGAUGAAGCCGUGAGCAACUUGAGCAGACCUCUUUGCUCCGAAACAAGCAAGAGAUCCAACGUCUGCGAAGCGGAAGGCGGUAUCAGAUUGCAGGGAAGCUCCCGAACCAUCUUCCUACACCCUUCUUUGGCAGAUCGAGAGUGGAAGAUCAAACCUUACUGCAGAAAGCAUGACCCCCCAGCCAUGAAGAAGGUCAACGAGUGGACGAUGAAGCCUUUCCCCAGCGACAAGGCACCUCCUCGGUGCACUGCCAAGUACACGGUCCCGGCGCUGGUCUUCUCGAUCGGAGGAUUCACCGACAACCUCUUCCAUGACUUCACCGAUGUCAUAGUCCCCCUCUUCAUCUCCUCCUACCGGUUCCAUGGCGAGGUCCAGUUCGUGGUAGCCGACUUCAAGCCUCCGUGGGUGAGCAGAUUCAUCUUAAUUCUAAGGCAGCUCUCCAAUUACGACAUCAUCGACGCGGACAACGACGACCCGGGCGCCGUGCGCUGCUUCCCCCGCGUCAUUGUCGGGCUUAGCUUCCACAAGGAGCUCGGCGUCGACCCCUCGAAGACGGCGACGGGGUACUCCAUCGUGGAGUUCAAGGAGAUGCUGAGGAAGGCGUACGGGCUGGAGAGGCCGACGGUGGAGCGGUGGGGGGUAAGGAGGAAGCCCAGGCUGCUGCUCAUCUCCCGCAACAAGACCCGGGUGUUCCUGAACGAGAAGGGGAUAGCGGACAUGGCGACCAGCCUGGGGUUCGAUGUGCGGGUCACCGAGCCCACCAACAAGACCGACGUCGGGGAGUUCGCGAGGCUGGUGAACUCCGCCGACGUGAUGAUUGGUGUGCACGGCGCCGGGCUCACCAACAUGGUGUUCCUCCCGGCGGGGGCGGUGCUCAUCCAGGUGGUUCCCAUGGGCGCCCCGGGUUGGCUUCCAAGGGACACCUUCGGGCAACCUUCGCGGGACAUGCAGCUCAAGUACUUGGACUACCACAUCGAGGGAGACGAGAGCUCGCUCACCGAGCAGUACCCGAAGGAUCACCCGGUGCUCAAGGAUCCGUCUUCCAUCCACAAGCAAGGCUGGUACGCACUCAGCGAGGUGUACUUGGAGAACCAGAACGUGAGGCCUCAGCUGGACAGGCUCAAGAACACUCUCCUGGAGGCUCGCAGCCUCCUGCCUCACAACAGCAAAGAAGCUUGAGCAAUGGCGUCCGCAGUUGACGAGAUCUCCCCGCCCGCAUUUCUUCUCUGUUCUUUUUCUUUUUUUUGCAUUCGUUUUUUAUCUGGCUGCAAGAAAAUUCUUCCAAGUGUGCCUCUGGAUCGGACAAUAGCAUUUGGAUCUUACACAGGUGUAAUUAGUUACUCAUACUGGGAAAUUGAAUCAAAGGAGUUAUCUCA